UUUUACUCUUCACUGGCUUUGAUACCUCUUGGGACACACAAACUUUUCUUGCCACCAUCAGUGUUCUUGCAACCAUUGGGCUUUCCCUUUUUCUUGGUUUUAAGGGAGAUCCAGUGCCUUGUGAACGGUGUGCUGGCAAUGGCAGGCGGGACAAAGUGUGUUUUCUGUAACAAUGGUAAGAUGAAGCAAGAGGCAAGAUUGGUUGACUGUAAGGUGUGCAAGGGUGCAGGUAUUAGUUUCUAAUGUGCAUGUAUUUUUCUUUCCCUGUAAUUUGCUGAGACAGCAAUACUACUUUUUAUACUCUCUAAAAUACUAGUAAUCCAUAUAUUUUGUUUAUACAAUGAAUAAAAGAUAAAAUUAAUUAUACAAAAAGGUCCGAAUACUUGUUUCCCUCAAGUUUAUAUACAAUAUUUAUUUUCUUGUUCAUUCAGUUCAACUUUUCAUUACUUUUUCUGUCAAAUGAAUUCUUCGUAUGUAGGAUUGAUAAUCUGCAAGAAAUGCCAAGGUUCUGGAUAUUCUCGACGACUAUGAACUUGUUUUGAGAAUUUUCAUUUUCCCUGCUGUAAAUCCUCCAUUUUCGAUUUGUGUUGAGUUUUCUGUAUUAUAAUGUAUAACUAGUGUCCUUGAAUCCUUUUUCUUGUUUAUACAUUCUUUUUGUCCAAUUUCUGUUUUUUUUUUUUUUUACUAAAAUCAUUGUGCUUAACGGAAAAGAACGAAGGAAUGACUAAGUGAUUAUUUUGAUUGUGAUGUUUAUCUGUAGUUAUCUAUAUCCUUAGUUUAGUACAUAAUUUGCUCUUGGUCAGCGGUGGUUGUAUUAUAAUUAUAUGAGCAUAUCAGAAUCAUCUUGUUUCGGUAAACUAUUAAUAAUAAAACAACAUAUAUAUUAUGACAAAAUGUAUGACGGAAAAUUCCAUUACAAUUUUUUAUAUUUAGAUAUCAGUUAAUUAAUUUGGUGGUAUUUCACUUUCGGUCUUAGUUGUAAUCUUUAAUUAUUAUUUUAGGAUAUAACUAGAAAAUAUCUCCGAUCCUUUUUCUUUUGGAUCAAUUUUGUUUCUUCAAACUUUUGUUUCAAAUAUCAAUCUAAAUAUCAUCAUUAAAUUAUGACGUGAUAUACAACGUCAUCCUCCAUAACCAAGAUGCAUGUAUGAUUACACCAACUACAUGCCACCAUUCACGCCAAAUUCCCCACCACCUCCCUCGUCUUACAUACAUACAUACAUCAUCCAUCCAUACAUGCAUACAUAUAAAUACAUAUAUAUAUAUAUAUAUAUAUAUAUAUGUAUUGCUUCCUCCUUGUUCGUCAACAUUUGAGUCAAGUGUAUAGUAUACAAACAAACGAUGGCCUCCACUGGCAGUACUAGUAGUCCGUACGAAGUAGACGAAUGCCGAGGCGUCCUCCGCAUAUACAGCGACGGCUCCAUCCGACGCUCUUCCAAGCCAAGCUUCGACGUCCCCGUCCACGACGACGGUUCAGUCGCUUGGAAAGACGUCGUUUUCGACGCCGCACGUGACCUCCACCUCCGCCUCUAUAAACCUGUCUCUUCCCCUUCUUCUAAGCUUCCCGUCUUCUUCUACAUCCACGGCGGCGGCUUCUGCAUCGGCUCCCGCACCUGGCCCAACUGCCAGAACUACUGCUUCCGUCUCGCUUUGGACCUCCAAGCCGUCAUCGUUGCGCCUGACUAUCGGCUUGCGCCGGAGAAUCGGCUCCCGGCUGCUAUUGACGACGGGUUUACGGCUGUCAAGUGGCUGCAUAAGCAAGCUGUGUCUCAAGAACCGGACACGUGGCUGACUGACGUGGCUGAUUUUGGGAAUGUGUUUGUUUCUGGGGAUUCCGCGGGUGGGAAUAUUGCUCAUCAUCUGGCGGUUCGACUCCGGGCCGGAUCUCCGGAAUUGGAUCCGGUUCGGGUAAGGGGUUAUGUGCUUUUGGCUCCGUUCUUUGGUGGGACCGUCAGGACCAAGGCGGAGGCUGAGGGACCCAAGGAUGCUUUUCUCAAUUGGGAACUCAUUGACAGGUUUUGGAGGCUAUCCAUACCAAUUGGAGAAACUACUGAUCAUCCAAUAGUGAACCCAUUUGGACCGUUAAGCCCUAGCCUUGAAGAAGUGGCUCUUGAUCCAAUCCUAGUGGUGGUUGGAGGAAGUGACCUUUUGAAAGACAGAGUCGAAGACUAUGCAACCAGGCUUAAAACUUGGGGAAAGAAAGUGGAAUACGUGGAAUUUGAAGGAAAGCAACACGGUUUCUUCACCAUUGAUCCUAAUUCUGAAGCAUCAAAUAAGUUGAUGCAGAUCAUCAAACACUUUGUCGCUCAAUAUUCAGCCUAAUAUUGCUCUUCGAUAUCAAUUGCUUAAUUGGAGGGUUGAAUGCUUUUCCAAAGAAGCAUGCUCUUUAUGUUUGGCUUCAUGUUAUGCUUAUUUAUCAUCAAAAAGUAUGUAAUUCUUAUGUUUGCCUUCAUGUCAUUAAUAUGAUAUUAUCCUUCACUAAAUGUGAUCAAAUCAUUUAAUUUUGUUUC